AACAUGGAAAGAGCGAAAGAAAAUGGAUUGAAUGAUCCGGGGUACAAAAGUGUUAAAAGUAAGGUCUGGGCUUAUUUUUUCUGGUUGUUCGGUGGACUCUUCGGAGCACAUCAUGUGUACCUCGGUAGGGACGAUCAGGCAUUCGUGUAUAUCAGCACAUUCGGCGGUUACGUGGGUUGCGGUUUUCUCAGGGACAUUUACAGAAUACCUGCAUACGUGGCCGAUGCAAAUGACGACCCGGCGUUUAUCGAAGAUUUUAAACAAAAAGUCAGAGCUAACAGAAAGCCACCGUUUUCCGCAGUGCGAUUUGCGGCGCAAGCCGCGGUUGCCUACUUAUGGGCUGAGCUGUUUAACAGUGCGAUCCCGCAGGAGGAAGUGUACGGUAUUAAUUUCAGACAUCUGCUGAUCCUAAUACCGGCUGUGAUCGCAUUAGGUGUAUGGACGGUCGGGAACAUUGGAAGAGAAAAAGGUUCGAUAUGGAUAACUCUUGCCACAGCGUAUCUAUUUUAUCCAACCUUGUAUUACAUCGCCGACGAUACAAUGUGGAUCUUCCUUAUGGUAGUUACCUCGAGUCUCAGCUUCGAUACUUUCAGCAAGCAAUGGCGACUGAAACCGAAAAAGAGAAGAAGCUUUUUCCGGCGAAUGGCAUGCUUAGGUUUAGCUCUCACGCUCUACUUUGCUGUAAUCGGUAGCUACUUAUACUUCAACGCGGUUGUCACGGAUAGCGAAGGUGAGGAGAUCAAGUUAUCAGAAGCGGUGCAACACUUCCUCACUUCGCCCAUCUGGACAGAUCUUAAAGCGAGUCUGGAAGCCACGUGGAACCAAGCGAAACAUCAAGGUUUCUGGGCAACGUGGGCGCAACUGGUGGACCUCACCGAUCCUCGAGGCGAGAUAAAUGCUUACAAGGUCCUAAGUUUGUCGCAAACCGCUUCGCAGAACGAAGUCACAGCACGAUGGAGAAGUCUAUCCAGGGACAAUCAUCCUGACAAGGUUAAAGGUUCGGAGGAGGAAAGGCGCAAAGCUCAAGAAAAAUUCAUGGAAAUCCAACAGGCGUAUGAAAUUCUGUCUCAAGCGAAGAAUCGCCGACAACGACGGAAUCGUCGUUCUGAGAAAUAAGCGUGAUUUUAAUUCGAAGGAUCAACCAAAACAAAGACUCGACAAAAUAAUCUCCAAAUACGCCAAUCUCUGUGUUUCAAUUGCGUAUAAUCAAAAGACAGUGAACUGAUUAA